CUUAAUCAUAUGAUAAUAAUGUGUUUUCUUGGAAAAAUCCCAAAAUUAUAUUCCUCCUUCAUGGUUUUACUCUCUUUUGCUAUAAUAGCAAUGCAGCUAGGAGCUGUAAGUGCUGGCCACAGAAAGAUUGUUAGGAUUCUUGAUUUGAUCCCACCCAAUAACAAUGUCCAGCCUUCAACAGGAGAAGUAUCUGCGCAUUGUCGGUCUAAAAACAACGAUUUAGGGGUGUGGAAUAUGACCCAAAAUAGUAAAAAAGAAAUCCACUUCCGCCCCAACAUCUGGAAGACUACUCUUUUUUGGUGUGACUUUCGUUGGGGCACAAAGGCCCAGGGCAUCACCGUAUACGACGCCAGUGAUGUUUCGUGCGACGGGGAAAGGUACUGUAAUUGGAAUGUGAAGACUGAUGGAUUUUACUUUGCCAAAGGGGAGUUUCCUAAAGAAGCCGAUUUCACAAAGAAGUCUGACUGGAGAGGCGCUAGGAAACACCGACGUAGCCACCCCCGUGGGCGCGGGCGGCACCACUAGAUCAAUGCAUGUGGCGGGUAGCCUAGUGUGUUAUUCUACAAUGAAUAUAUAUAUACAAAGUAUAUAAUACUAGUAUUUUUUAAUAAGUAAAUGAAAUGUGC